GUCGACCAUGCCCGUGCGCAGUGAGAGCAACAUGAUUCGGACUUUGCUCGGUUUUUCGCUGCUUGUCUGGUAUGCGACGCCUUCCAAGAGUGUUAGAGGUGUGGCGCUGCUCUUCAACAAUCAUGGAAACUGGACGAGCUUUGCAGAUGAGCCGAGCGCUCUUCUGUUCUUCGAUCCCGCGACUCGGACGCAGGCCAGUUCGACAUGCGCAAAUCAUGGCGAGGAGCUGUUGCCCAUGGAGAAGGUUGCAAGCUUCGAGCAUUAUCUCGCCUACUACGAAUACCAGGAUCAACUGCCCUCCGACCAGCUACUUUGGGCGAACGCAGACGAUCCAGUCGCGUCGAAUGGAUCCAAGGCGACUCUACCGACCGCCGCUAAUGACCGCCUUGACCCUCAACUUCCCUUCCUCUGCACCAACUCUGCGCCGCACACCCAUCGCGUGGACACAGACUUCUCUGACCAUCCGCGUACGGCUAUAAGGUCUGGCGGACAUGAGAUUACUGGCACGCGCGACCAUCUCGUCUUCCGCUUCAUGGGCAUCCCAUUUGCUCAACCGCCGACGGGAUCGUUGCGCUUCAAGCACCCGAAUGAGCGUGAGGCGGGCAAUGUCGAUGCUACAGCAUUCAAGCCGGCUUGCCUCCAGAACGGCUUUUUCGGCAACAACGACUAUGGUCUCAAUCCGUGGGGCACUAGCGAGGACUGUCUAUACUUGAACGUCUACACGCCCUACCUACCGCUCAACGCGAGCUCGAAGGCCGCGAAGCCCGUUAUCUUCUGGAUCCACGGCGGCGGUAAUACUGGCGGCACCGGCGCGGAUGCGACCUUUGACGGCGGCAGUCUGGCAUCGCGCGCGGACGUGGUAGUCGUGACUAUCAAUCACCGACUCAACAUCUUCGGCUUCCUCGCCCUAGCAGACGACGUCGUCACCGGCAACUACGCGCUCGCGGAUAAGAUCGCCGCGCUCGAGUGGGUGAAGGCGCAUAUCGCGGACUUUGGCGGCGACCCGGAGCGGGUGACCAUCAUCGGGCAGUCAGCGGGCGGCUCGUCGGUCAUUGACCUCGUCGCGUCGCCGAAUGCUGCUGGGUUGUUCUCGCGGGCGGUCUCGAUGUCGGGAGGCGCGGGGACAAUUAAGACUCCGCAGGAGGGCGAGGCGUUGGCGGGACCUGUUAUUGCUGAACAUUGCCCGAACGUCAACGGCACGGAGCGGCUUGCUUGCCUGCAAGACCUUCCGGCGACGACGCUGCUCAAGAUGACCGAGACCUUGUCUUCGUGGACGACUACUGACGACGGUGUAUACCGCUCUGGCUCCUCGGUCGACUGCGCUGCUUCGGGAGCGGAGGGCGUAAACUCCGUGCAUUAUAUGGCCGGUUUCCUUCCAGACGAGGGGCAGUCUCUCCUCGGCGAGGCCAUUGAACCGGACGCGAAGGACUUCAAGGAUACCCUGAAGAAAGUCGUGAACGAGGGGACCGCCGAUGCGGUCAUCGACUCCGGCUUGUGGAAGAUUGAUGAUGAGCUUACGCCGUACAAUGCGACCAUCAACGUCUACACCAUGCAGCAUCUGACGUGUCAUGCGGAGGAAUUCAUCGCCGCCGCGGCUACGUCGAGCGCUUUCCCGUCUAUCCACGUAUAUAACAUGCACUUGGCGUACGCGCUAUCGUACUACGACCCGUACGGCCUCUGCACUUUCCCCGUCGGCAAGCCGGAUACGCCCUACUACAAGUGCCACAGCGGCGAUCUGUACGAGGUCUUCGGCACGUACUACAUCUUUGAUCAGCCGGUCCGCACAACGGAGGACGUCCACCACACCGUCCUCGUGCAGGACAUCCUCGGCGCCUUCGCGCGCACGGGCAACCCGAACCCGGAUGCAGCGUACCUCGCGGUGCGCGGGUACGAGAGCACAUUGCACGCGAUGGAGAAGUGGAAGUGGCCGGCGUAUACGCGGGACGGGCCGAACGUCGCAGCGUUGAGGCACUCCGCGCUGGGAGUGGAGGAUGGAUUACCGGAUAGGAAGAGGUGCAAGUUACUGUUGAGGGUGACCUGAAGUGGAAGGUUUAGAGAACGCCCCAAUGUACGCUAGGACCUUGACUUCACGUACAAUACGACAUUUACGACCCAGAUUGAGCGAAUUUUUAUGCUGCAUCACUCACU